AUGAUUCUUUUUCUUUCUACUGUAAUAUUUUCUUCCUUUCUUUCUUAUAAGAUUCUUUCUUUCUCUUUUCUUGUGAUAUUUUUUCUUUUUCUUUUUCCCUUAUCCUAUGAUAGUUUCUUUCUUUCUUUCACAUAUGAUUCUUUUUUUUUUCUUUCUCCUGUAAUAUUUUCUUACUUUCAUUCUCACGUCUUUCACUUUGUUUCUUUCUUUCUUUUGAUUGUUUUUUUCUUUCUCCUGUCAUUCAUUCAUUGUUUCAUUUUUCUUUCUUUCAUUCUCACACGAUUCUUUCUUCUAUUUCUUUCUUUCUUCUUCAAACAAUUCUUUGUUUUUCUUUUUCUUUCUCCUGUGAUAUUGUUCUUCCAUUCUCUCUCCUAUCAUAUUUUCUUCCUUUCUUUCUCCUAUCUCUUUCUUUUUCCUGCAAUACUUUCUUUCUCUUAUAAUUUCUUUCUUUUUUUAUCCAUUAUCAUUCAUUUAUUUUGUCUUUCUUUUGUGAUUCAUUUUUUUCUCUCUGAAACUUUUUCUUUCUUUUAUAUGAUACUUUCUAUUUCUUUCUCCAGUAAUUUUCUUUUUCUCUUAUCAUUUAUUCAUUCUGUCUUUCUCUGGUCAUUCAUUCAUUCUUUCUUUUCUUUCUUUCUUCCUCCUAUCUUUCAUUCAUUCAUUCAUUCAUUAUUCUCCACAGAAAAUCUUUCCACCUUCUUUCCUUCUAGAAUUUUAAAUAUUGGGACUAUUUCUUUCUUUCUCUUCAUUUUUUUCUUUGCUUCUGUCUUUAAUUUAAUCACACUUUUCUAUAUCUUUCCUUUCCAUUUCUUUUCUUCCUUUUUUUCUUUCUUUCUUUUGUCCUUUUUUUCUUUCUAUUAUCUUCUCCUUUCUCAAAGUACUUUCUUUCUAUCUAUUCCUUAA